CGGGGCGUUACUGCGAGUGGACGCACAAGACUAUCGACCGCUCCAUGCAGACGCCGACGUUCGAGGAAUUCUUCGAGACGCUGCGUCUGGAGUGCGAGGAAGGCGAGCCGGCAACGCUCAACUGGACCGUCGCUCCUGAGACACCCAGCCUCGUUUACUAUCAGUGUUACACGCACAACAAUCUGGGUUGGAAAAUCCACGUACUGGACUCCGAGGAGGAGCUACGACUGGUCAAGGCAGGUAGCAUCAGCAAAGGUGGAGCCUCCAUCACCUACGCCUCCACUCUUCUCCUCACCGUAGCCCUUUCUUUCAUUCUACACUCGAUUUGUAAUUUCGUUUCUGUCACCAGAUAAGACUCACAUCUACAACGCCGCUAAUAUGUUCGCGAAAAAAAUGUCAGCAGUUAUUCAGCAACGUCGGGUUUACUAUUCUGCCGUGCUUAGGAAAAACGCCGUAAAAACAUUCGAGAGUUGCCAAA